AUGUCCGCCUCUUUUGAUAAGCCUGACCUGCGCCAGGCUGGCACCGCAGCCAAGCGGGUCCACGACAAGAAGGCCAAAUGGGUGCACGGUGGCCGAACCUCUCGCCCUGGCGCUGUUACUCUUGAUGGUGUCCUUCCAAUAACUCGCCCCGCAAAGCCAGAGACAACAUCAUGGAACAAGCGGCAACGCGUACGUGACGCACAGCGUGGCUCCACCACCGCAAAGGUCGACUUUCACAACGACGUGCGAGAGGCUCUCGAUGAUGCAACCUCCGACUCGUCCGCCGUCGAGGAUCGGGGCGACCCUAUUGUCACAACGGCCAUCCCGGAAGUUUGCCACGGAGACGCCCCGGUCGAUCUUUACGAGGUAUCGGGGCAGACGCUCUUCAACGACAUGAUCGAUAAGGCGGUCGAGAGGUUCGAGACAAAGGAGACGGAGAAGCUGGUCAAGGAGUACGAGUUCAUCACUCGGGAGAGCGAGAUCUCCACCGGGUAUCUCGCCGACGAGGACGAGUUUGAGCUCGUCGACCAUGUGAAACUGUGA